UUAUAAUUUUAAAUUCACUGCUCCUCUCAUCAAAACCUCAUUCCACCGCUACACCCACCCAAAACUCCUCCCUGUGCCGCCGUGUUCCGCCGUUGAGGUUUGUUUUGUUGUUCAGAAUGACUGCGACCGAGAAAGUGGCCAUGGCGGGCUUUUAUCGACGCCUUCUUCCUUCCCCACCUGCCAUCGAUUUCGGUUCCUUUCAAGGCAAGCAACUUUUUCGUGAAGCCAUUCUAAACGGAAACAUGGAAGGCUUUCCCAGGUUGGUUUCCUGUUUCCAAACACAAUCCGAGCUUGCCUUUUGCGGCCUCGCAAGCUUGUCCAUGGUCCUCAAUGCUCUUGGCAUUGAUCCUGGCAGAAAAUGGAAAGGACCUUGGAGAUGGUUUGAUGGAUAUAUGUUGGACUAUUGCGGACCUCUGGACAAGAUCAAAACUGGAGGCAUCUCAUUUGAGAAUCUUGUAUCUUUGGCUCAUUGCACUGGAGCAAAAGUUGAAGCCUUCCAUGCAAGCCAUAGCAGUAUCGCUGAUUUUCGUAAAUGUGUCAUGAAAUGUUCAACUUCUGAUGAUUGUCAUGUAAUCUCAUCAUACCACAGAAAAGCUCUCAAACAAACAGGAGCUGGUCACUAUUCUCCUAUUGGAGGCUAUCAUGCUGGAAAAGACAUGGUGCUUGUUUUGGAUGUUGCUCGUUUCAAGUAUCCUCCCUUUUGGAUCCCACUUACGCAUCUUUGGGAAGGCAUGAGUUAUAUUAAUGAAUUCACUGGAAAAUCCAGAGGGUUCAUGCUUAUAUCAAAGCCUCAUAGGGAACCUGACAUGCUUGUUACUCAGAGCUGCAAACACGAGAGUUUGAGUAGUAUUGAAAAAUUCCUAAUCGAUGAUGUUCCUUCUCUAUUAAAAUCAGAGGAUGUGAAAGACAUCUGUAAGGUUCUUUCAGUUAUAGUCACAUCGCUACCAUCUAACUUUGAAGAAUUCAUCAAAUGGGUUGCGGAGAUCAGGAGGCGAGAGGAUGGUGGUCCAAGCUUAAGUGAAGAGGAGAAAACACGAGCUGUUGUCAAGGAAGAGGUAUUGACACAGGUGCAGAGGACGAGACUUUUCAAACAUGUGGCCUCGUUUUUGUCACAUUCUAGCAUAACUAAGUCCAUAAGGAUGCAUCCAGCUAGCACUGAUGUGUUAACAGUGCUUCUAUUGUCUUUACCAUCUACAACCUGGGCUGGUAUCACAGAUGAGAAGCUUUUGAGGGAAAUUCACGACCUGGUUUCAACUGAAAAUCUUCCUGCUUUGCUUCAAGAAGAGGUUUUGCAUUUAAGACGUCAGCUACACACUCUCAAGAGAUGUCAAGAAGGCAAGGUAGAUGGGGAUCUUCGUGUACCUUUGUCUUAGCAGCUCCUCCUUUUUUAUUCAUCCAUAACGAGGCUUUGUUUGAGAACCAGGGUCUCAUUUUAAUACACUAGGGUUAUUUAUACACCAAGGAUAAGAACUACUCCCUCCAUUUCAAUACACUUGGUUAUUUUAUCACCAAGUUGAUAAUUGAAUUAGUAACUGCGAUUCUGAAAGAAAAUGAUAUUGAUAGUGAAAGAUAUUGUCCAUGUUCAAUC